CAGUCCAAUACUGCCAUAGACGCGCGUAGCGUGUAACGACACGCGACUCUGUGCACCGGAUAGAUCGCGGAGACCGAGCUAAGUCCAUCUGAUACUUGUAGACUCUGAUCGAGGAAGACAAUCUUCCGUGGUGAUCCAGAUUUUAUAUCAUCGACGUUCGGAAAAGUAGCUGGAGAUAAAAGUGUCGUAAAAUCAACCCAGCGUUAUGACAGUGAUAAAACUAAACGAAUGGUCCGCCGAAAAAACGCCGCAAUCAGCCGACGACCGCAAAUGUAUCGAACAGACUCUGCGUUUUUCCAAUUAGCAGAUGCACGCAAGAUAUGAGUCCGACUAAUCUGUGCCCCGUUAGAUGCAAUUUCUGCGAUAUCAAUUAAAUCCGGAUUGGGAAUAGCAAGCAGUUGAAUCGGAGACAAACGAUGUGCUCCGGCUGUAACAGUCGCUGACAGUUUCCGAUGGUGAUUUGUUGCGUUUCGUUGUUGUUUCGCUUUUAAAUUGACAGGUUGUUGUUUUUUCCCCCGGAGCAGGUCAACGGAUGAUAAGAGUUCCGAUGUGUGCUUCUGUUGACUGAUUGGAGAGAGUGAUUGUUGUUACGUUGAGAUUCGUUGGUUUUUUAUUUCUUGGAAAGAUGGCAAAGUUGCAGGGGCUGGUGCUUCUGGCGUUCCUGAGUGGAUUAAUACAAGCCUACCACCAUAAGAGCCAGCAGCCUCCGAGGAUCACGGAACACCCGGUGGAUACGACCGUGGCCAGGCACGAACCCGCCACCCUCAACUGUCACGCCAGCGGCGAACCGGAACCGGCCAUCACGUGGUUCAAAGAUGGCGCGGCCCUACGCUCGGCGCCUCACAGGAUGCUCCUGCCUGCCGGCAAUCUCUUCUUCCUCCGCGUGGUGCAGAGCAGGAAGGAGACGGACGGCGGGGUGUAUUGGUGCGAGGCCACCAACGCCCUCGGAAAGGCCAGGAGCAGAAACGCCACAUUGACAGUAGCAAUUUUGAGGGAUGAAUUCCGUCUGGAACCUCAGAGCACCAGGGUGGCCGCUGGGGAAGACACAGUGUUAGAAUGCGCCCCACCAAAGGGUACUCCGGAACCGCAAAUCAUCUGGAAAAAAGACGGUCAAACCUUGGAGAUAGAGGGUAGAUUCAAACUCGUGGACGGUUCAAAUUUGGCAAUCACCGACACCAAAAUCUCCGACGACGGGAGAUACCAGUGCAUCGCUAAGAACGUUGCUGGCCAAAGAGAUUCUAGUGUGGCUGUCUUGAAAGUAUACGUGAAACCGUUCAUGAUAAGACCACCAGAAGAUGUUAAAGCUCUGGUUGGGGCUACCGUAGAGUUUUCUUGCGGGGUAGGCGGGGACCCUCUUCCAGAUGUACUCUGGAGGAGGAAUGCCGCCGGUGGUACCAUGCCUUUGGGCAGAGUAAGGGUUCUAGAGGAUCGAACUCUGAGGUUGGAACAUAUCACCGUUUUGGACCAAGGGAAAUACAUCUGCGAAGCGGACAAUUUCGCCGGUAGCGUCACUGCUUCAGCUGUCUUAACCGUCCAUUCGGUACCGACGUUCACAGCUAGACCUCUAGCUCAAACUGUUGAAACUGGACAAGAGGUUUCCUUCCAGUGCAACUCCGAGGGAAGCCCUAGACCCUUCAUCUUUUGGUCUUUCGAGGGCGACAGAGUCCUCGUGUACCCCGGAAACCCCUCGGGAAACUUCGAAGCUUUCACGUCCAUCGAGGGACACUCCACCCUCAUGCUGAAAAACGCGCAACUUCAAAAUUCCGGAACUGUGAUCAUCUGUUCUGCCAUUAACGAAGCCGGAUCGGUAUCCACGAGAACAAGACUGACCGUCACCUCCAAAGAGGACAGACCACCCCCCAUCAUCCUGAGGGGACCCUCCAAUCAAACCCUGCCGGUGAAUUCCAUAGCUUCCCUGAUCUGCGAAGCCACGGGAAACCCCAAACCGGUCAUUUCCUGGUAUAAGGAAGGCGUACCCGUAUCGAAUUCCCAAAGGAUCAACAUGUCCAACCCCAACCUGAUCCAGAUAAAGGAUCUGCAGAGGGAGGAUUCGGGAAUGUACACUUGCGUUGUUUCCUCCAAGGGUGGAAAAGCCACCUGGACUGGGCAUCUGCUCGUAGAAAACCCUAAGAAUCCAAACAUCAACUUUUUCAAGGCUCCUGAGGCAGUAAUGCUACCCGGACCACCCAGUAGACCUCACGCAUUGAAUCAGUCAGAGGGAAGCGUAACCAUCACCUGGGGCCAGAACAAUAAGAUCGGUUCUUCGAGUCUUCUAGGGUACCAAGUUGAGAUUUUCGGAAAAGAGUCAGGUAUGAUCCCGACUUGGACUGUGGUAGCUCGCAGGGUCACUGGUCCGACAUUCACGCAACAUCUUCUGACUCCUGGCGUGCCCUACACCUUCAUAAUUAGGGCUGAGAACGGUCACGGUCUCGGUCCCCCCUCCCAGAUGUCCGAACCAAUCAUAGUGGGACCUGACAGUAACCAGAACUGGGGAAAUCCCGAAGUGACCGAACUCAGCGAAGCCAGGGCCAGCUUGAUCCACAGCAAAAUCGUGGAGCUGAACGACGCCACACCCCUUUCUUCCACGGCCGUCAAACUCAGCUGGCAAAUACUCGAUGCUCAGUACGUGGAAGGUCUCUACAUCUACUACGUGUCCAUGGAGGACAAUCCGAACGUACCCAAGACGUACAGCAUGUUGACCGUCCUCCAUUCCGGAGGAUCUAGCAGUUUCACGGUCAAUAACCUGGAGAAAUGGGAGAAGUAUCAGUUCUUCCUGGUGCCUUUCUUCAAGACCGUCGAAGGUCAACCAUCGAACUCCAAGACUGUCAGAACCCUGGAAGAUAUUCCUGAAGAUCCUCCUGAACAUAUGGAAGCUCUCCUUCUCAACUCUUCAGCGGUUUAUCUGAAGUGGAAAUCUCCAUCAUCAGAGUCUAUCCACGGGGAAUUGGAAGGUUACAAGGUUGAAAUCAAAGCGAAUGGAUCGGACGUGGUGGAAAAUAUUAAUGUUGGAACCAAUCCUACUCUACUCUUGGGCAACUUGACGGCGGGAGUAUCUUACCAUGUAAGGGUUGCAGCUUCUACAAGAGCUGGGAUUGGUCCUUUCACCCCUUCAGCUACUCUGAGGUUAGAUCCAGCGUCAAGGAGCAUAGAUAAUCAACACCAAAGACCAAUGGGAACAGACUACCAUCCUGGGGAUUUCCUAACAGAGACUUGGUUCUUAGCUCUGCUGAUCAGUUUGAUAUCGGUGAUGCUCCUGCUGUUCGCCGCAAUGAUAUUCGUGAGAAGACGACAGAUGCUCUUGGAAAAAACGAUGACCCCAAGCAGAUCCAAUGGUGGGGUAUUAACAACUCCCUCCUGCCUGGCGAACAAACAAGAAACGCCCCUCUGGUUGGACAAGAACCUCCCGGAAUACACCUCCACCCUACCGGACUAUUCCAAGUUGAACCAGCACACCUACGACGUCCAAAACGGAAGUUUGCCGCAGUGUAACGGCGUCUACCACGGAAACCACAACAUAAAUCUCCACCACAACCCCCUGCACGCCACUGAGUACACGAGGCCGGACCGAUUGGAGUACAAACCAGAUAACGCAUACCCUAUCAACGCCCAGUUUAAGGACUUCAACAAUAUGCAGGUUCAGGAGUACGCCAGUCCAAACGUGGACUCUAACAGAACCUCGCAGAACGCCGAAUACGCCGAGGUUGAUCCCAGCGUUGCCGCGCAUUCUUCUAGUGGCACCACUUCGCCCGCUCCCUACGCCACCACCACCCUUGUCACUGGAGGGAGGAGGAUUGGGAAUUCAUUGAAUUGGUCCCCACACAUGUCAGCGUCCAGCACAUCUGACGAAUCCCCGUAUCCCGCUGCCAACGGUGGCUACUACAACAGAAAAGUCUACUCGGACUCCUACUUCGCACCCACGCAAACUCUCCGUAGAAGUAAAAAAGAACGGAAGAACUCCAGCGAGAACCCACCAGACCUGGUGUCGCCCUCGCAACCCGUCUAUGCUAGAGUUGGCCCCCCUGGCCUCUCCUGGAAGAACGCAACCCCGUAUUUGACAAGUUUCACUCCUCACAAACAGGUAUACCACGCAUCCACAAGAAGCGAACCCGGUGAUAACAUGCUGUAAAGUGUGAAGAUAAGGUGAUAAAUUGCUUUCUGCUUGGAAGGCUAUAUCUAAAAAUGGAAACGCUAGGACUUUUUGCAAUUACUGGGCAAAACGGUACGAAGUUAUCUACAUAAUUGUUGAAUAAUCAUAAUGCAGGUAUUCUCUUUCGAAUAAAUAACGCUCUAUAUGACGUUUAGGAAUUUUCUUAUCGCUUACCUCAUUGAUAAUGCGGACUGACCGCUUGGACACACGAACACUUAUAUGAAGAAACAAGAUAUAAUAUGAACUUUAGCACAUACAUUUUCGAGAACUUUCCAACCAUCCAACCCAUAGAUUAUUCUUCUAUGAUCCAACCUCACCACUGAAGAACAUGUAAAUCAGAAAUUUCUCUUGUUAGUCCCCAACCACCGAAGUUUGAGCAUAGAUUAGAAGUGUGUUUUAAAUUAAUAUAAUCAUACAGUGAUGCCAAUAGUGAGGAUACGUUCUAAUAAUCUUGAAGGAAAGUCGAUAUCUGCGUUUAUCUUGUAAAUAAAACAUGUGAUAGACUUAUAUCAAACUUAAAAUAUCAUAAAAAGUCCUCUAGUCAAGUAUUCCUUUCUUUUUUUUAGAAUUUUCGUCUUGUUUUCGUUUAUUUUCUGAAAUCUUGGGAUCCUGGUUCCCGAUUUCGCGUAUUCCAGAGAAAGCCUAAAAUUAAAGAUGUAGCGGACACUACUUCUGUAUAUAGCUGUUGUUUUUUACUACGAAAUUGUUUUUUAGGUCUUGUAGACCACCUAUCAUCGUCCAAUACUUAUUGUGUCCUAUUCGAGUACUUAUAUAUACCUACGAUUACUAUUAUAUCCUACGAACUGCUGUAUAGUACCAUAAUGGAGGACACAUAUACUGUGUGUCUCUCGCCGACAUGAAGUAAGAAAAGAGAAAAAAAGAUUGUUGUUUUUUUAUGGAUAAGCAGUCUAUAAUACGAACUCUUUCGUCUAUAAAUAAAUACUUUUUCAUACUUCAUGUCGGAAAACUGUAUGAUAAAUUAUUAUAAGUAUACAUUUGAUCGUGUAUAGACAUAUCAAAAGCUGUAAAUUGUGACUGGUGUAAAAACUAGGUUAUAGGAUUACUCUUAUUAGAUAACCGUCAAACUAACUGUCAAACGUCAAUUUUCUAGACAUUCGAAAAUGACGUUACACAGUUUUUUCGCGUUUCUUAGCUUCCAAAAGCCUGUAAUUAGGUGGUACUGAUCUUAUAAGUAUUCUAUAAUAUAAAAAACCUGUACGACUUGUUUUUUAGGUCUUCCUAGGGUUAAGGAUCAUUGUGAGAAUAUGCUCAUAUUUUUAUAAAUAAUGUGCCAUUAAGUCAAUGACUAUGUUAUGUAAUUGAAUGUAUGUACAGUAUUUAACGAUAAUAAAUUUUUAAACAAG